AUGGGUUCGCUCUAUUCAUUUUUUGCCGAGUAUGCUAACAAUAAGGGCGUGGAUUCAGAUCAGAAUCUUCCCUCCAACCCUACCACCACUCUUCUCAAUAAGGCUCAAUCCACUCCCACUGGUGCCACAGCUCAGAAUGUUGGUGAAAGUUCCCAACCACAACCUUCCAUUCUUGAAAUAGCUCUUGCUAGAUUAAUUGACCACCAGCAAGAAUCGGAUCGUAGAAAUCAGUUAUAUUUUCAGAAUUUAAAUGAAACUUUGCUAAACAUUUCCACCAACAAUGCUAACCAUACCAGCUCCGAUAAUCACCAGCGGUCUAAUAAUAAACUACCACCUUUGACUGUUCCUGACUUUUCUGGCGAUUAUACAGCAUGGAAGAACUUUAAGGAUAUGUUCCUUAGUAUCAUUGACAAGGAUUCCAAGCUUUCACAAGUUCAGAAGCUCCAAUACCUUAAAACUUAUGUGAAAGAUGAAGCACUCAAAUUGAUUUCCGAAAUCUCAGUUACUGAAGAAAAUUAUGUUGUGGCAUGGGAUGCUCUUGUGAAACAUUAUGACGAUACCUUCACAGUAGUUAAUUGUCAAAUCGAUAGGUUUUGCAAGAUUCUAAGUGUAGCUGCGCCCACAGCUUCUGCAAUAGCAGAGGUUUAUACCACAGCAAGUUCAGUGAUCAAUUCCCUUGAUGCCCUUAAAGUCACAAGUCGAGAUCCCUGGGUUAUCUAUUUUCUUCUUGCCAAACUUGAUCAAGAAACCAGGACACUUUGGUCUCAAGACUCAGCCAAGAAAAUGCCCACUUGCCAAGACUUCAUGGAGUUCCUUGACAACAGGUUGCGGUCUCUAAGGUUAUGUCAGAGCAUGCCAAGUAAUCCCUUGAACAAUCCGCAAAAGCCCUCAAAUUCUAAGCCACUAUUUUCUCACCAACCCAGAUCUAAUAUGCCCAAGCCCAACCAAGCCAGUGUACUUGCCGCUGCAGCCCCCCACCCGUGCACGGCCUGUAACCAAAUGGACCAUAAGGUCUUCAGAUGUCCCACCUUUCAUCAAAUGUCACCAACAGAUAGAUUAGCAUUUGUACGUCGGAAAGGUCUUUGUCGAAAAUGCCUUGUUGGCACCCAUGCUUCCAAAGAUUGUACUUAUUUCCCAUGCAGAAGAUGCUCUAAUCCCCACAACACCCUUCUACACGAUUCGUUCUACCCCGACAACACCAACACUUCAAGUCCCAACCAAGCACUGGCUACCGCCACUUCUCCUCAGGUCGCCUCGAUUGUGCAGGACACCCAGACAAAUGAUCUAACUGAUUCUCAGGACCCUCUUGAACCCGUACCUCCAGUUACCAGGUCAAAUGCAUCCGCCAUAAAUUCCAAUCCUGGCAUUUCUCGCAUUCCUAACAAGGUUUUCUUGGAGACGGCAGUGGUGCAGGUUCUCGACAGAAAUGGCAUUCCGAUGCAAUGUCGUGCGCUCUUGGAUUCAGGAGCUCAAGUCAAUUUAAUCUCGCAGUCCCUUUAUCAGCGUUUGAAACUACCUAAGACGUUAUCAAAUAUCUUUAUUGGAAGUGUUGUUCAGGGAGGAGCGCAAUCUAAAUAUCAAACCGAUUGUACUGUAAUAUCUCUGGUGAGCAAGUCAAGCUUCACCAUGCCAUGUCAAAUUGUGACCUCAGUCCUAGAACAAAAAAUUCCAAAUUGGGAGGCGAAAGAAUCCCACCUUCAAAUUCCUUCUGACUUCCAAUUGGCCGAUCCCACCUGGUUUGUGCCUCAGCCCAUUGAGUUGUUAAUCAGCAACGAGUUUUAUAAUGAGCUAAUAUCUGGAAAGAGCAUUAAGCUGGGUCCGGGAAUGCCUGUGCUGAAGGAGUCCUGUCUGGGUUGGAUAAUUUCAGGGCCAUUUCAGGAACAUCCUAACUCCCCAAUAGGUCCGGUUGUGGCCACUACUUUGGCGUCUAUUGACACCACUUUGAAAAAAUUCUGGGCCUCUGAAGAAGUUGAACCGCCUCGUCAAUCCAAUCCAGAUCAUUUAAAGGUAGAAGAAGUAUUUCGAAACACCACUGUCCGUGAUUCCACUGGGCGUUAUAUCACACACAUUCCAUUCAAACACAACCUCGGAAGGCUUGAUACAAAUCUGCCUAAUGCCACAAAACAAUUCCUUUCGUUAGAAAGGAAACUUCAAAAGAAUCCCACAUUACGAGAAAAUUAUGACAAGGCCAUGAGCGAGAAUUUCACCCUAAACUUUUUCGAGGAGGUUCCAGAUGAUGAAUUGAGUCGACCUUGCUAUUAUUUGCCACAUCAUGCAGUAGUUAAAACCACUGAGACCUCCACUAAAACCAGAGUCGUGAUGAAUGCGAGCUCAAAAAGCCAGACUGGCCUCAGUCUCAAUGAUGUCGCAAUGAUGGGCCCCACGGUUCUGCCCGACAUUGUGGACAUCCUCUUGAGAUUUCGAAUGCACGAAUUUGCCUUCACAUGCGACAUAGAGAAAAUGUACCCUCAAAUUCUCAUUUAUCCUCCCCACCGUGAUUAUCACCGAAUCCUAUGGAGAUUUGACCCUGACCAACCGAUAAAACAUUUUCGCGCCAGAGGUGUCUGUUUUGGCGUGACUUCCUCCCCCUUCUUAGCAACCAGGGGUUUGAACGAUCUUGCUGACCAUGGCAAACACACUCACCCAUUAGCCAGUUAUCUUCUUACCCACAACUUUUAUGUUGAUGAUUGCUUGGUGUCGGUGACCUCAAUUAACGAAGCUCGUCAAUCCAUUGAUCAGCUGCAAAGUCUUUUGGCAAGUGCUGGAAUGAAGUUGGCUAAAUGGAAUUCCAAUGAACCCAGUAUGUUUGCCCUAACAUCUCCUAACCUCAAUUUCACCCAAGAAGAAGCUACUGCUUCACCUUCGUCAACACUUGGCAUGAUUUGGCGUUCAACAACUGACCAAUUCCAUUAUAAAUUGUCCUCCAAUUUUGCUGCAGCUCGUACUAAGAGAGAAAUUCUGGCAUGUGUCGCUUCGUUAUAUGACCCAUUAGGAUUGAUCGGUCCGACUGUAGUUUGUGGGAAGUUAAUUCUCCAAACCAUAUGGAAAAAUGCGCUAGUAUGGGAUCAACCCAUCCCUGACGAUAUCCUUCGGGAAUGGCUACGUUACUCUAGAGCUCUGCCAGCUAUCGAACAGUUGACCAUUCCACGGUGGAUCUCAACUAUGUCAGGGUCUACUGUGAAGGAACUCCACAUAUUCACUGAUGCUAGUUCCUAUGCUUACGGUGCAGUUGCGUACGCAGUCUCCGAAGAUUCUCAUGGUCAUUUACAGUCCCAAAUUGUAAUAGCAAAAUCCAGAGUUGCCCCUACCGAAGCUCCCACUAUCCCUCGCCUUGAACUUUGCGCCGCAUUACUUGGUGCACGCCUUCUGAAAAAGAUUAGUAAUUCCAUAGCUGUCCCUGACUACUUCAUGUGGACAGACUCCACCAUUGUACUGGGCCAAAUCCGCUCAAAAUGA